AUGUGUACACCUUUACACUUGUUUUUAAAUACAAUAUUAUUAUACUGUGUUAUUAAUUUAAAUAAUUGUGAAACUCGUGCUCAAAGUGUAGUCGAACAGAACCAUGAUUUUAAUGUAUUGGUGGACGGCUUAUAUUCAUUGUAUAAGGAUUCAUUUCAAAAUGGCAAAGUAUACCAGACGCGAAGAAUGUUAAUAAAUGAUAAAUCUUAUGCGUUGCACGUAAAAAAACUUAAAGAAGUCAAUGGAUUGAAAAGGCACAAUCUAAAAGUCGAAGGAAUGGGUUUGCGCAGUCAUCCAAUAGUCUACAUAAAUAAUCCGGUUGAAUCUGCCGUGCCUAACGCCUAUCUAACCAUAGACCAAUUCAAAAAUGCUAUGAUCCAUAAAGCUGAAGAUAAGAAAAAAGAAUUUAAUAAUGAAUUCAUCCACAAGAACCAAAAAACUGAGAAACCUAAAAAAGAAGUUAAAAAAGUUAAACACAGAGCUAAAGCUACAACAAAAGCCCACUCUGAGCGUAGUCCGAAAUUUGUUCGCAGUCAACUAAAAAAGAGUCCUAACAGAAAAAAUCCUACUAAACCAAUAACAAAAAAAAGGACUGCUAGAAAAUUGACUGCUAGAAAACUGACUACUAGAAAGCUGAAUGCUAGAAAACUGACUACUAGAAAAAUGACUGCAAGAGAACUGACUACUAGAAAACUGAUUAGUAGAAAACUGACUACUAAAAAACCGACUACUAGAAAACUGACUGCUAGAAAACAGACUACUAGAAAACUGACUACUAUUAAAAAGAUCCAGAAAGUCGUCAAUAAAGUAAAACAAGUGAUUAAUAUUCCUAUUAAGUCUACAACUGAAAAACCUACACAAGGAUCAACAACCGCAUCCCUAGUACAAAAUAAAACAGCUAGCUUAGUUACAAAAGCUACUGUUCAAAAUAAUCAUGUAAAUGUAACUAAUGAAAUAUUAGCAACUAAAACGACAAUUUUGCGACAAAAUGUUACUGACGCAAAAUUUGAAACGAAAUCUGUUACUGAAAUACUAACAAAUGUUACUGAAAUACCACCAAAUGUUACUGAAAUACCAACAAAUGUUACUGAAGAACCGACGAUUGUUACUGAAACACCGAUUGUUACUGAUACAAUAACAACAGUUACCGAACCGAGUACAACUGAGACGACAACAGUGAAGACUAAAAGAACUAAACAAGCAAGACCAUACGUGUUCAUGGGAGGCAGCUAAAAGCUUUAUUAUUUUAUAUCACCGGCUCCAAUUUAUAAAUAAGGAUAAGGGGCUUUUUUAGAAUAAAUUAAUUACUUAAUAUUUUAAUGAUGUAAUCAAUUCCUAUAAGAAUUAUUGAUUCUUAUAAUUAUGAAUUUAACUUUACUGAAACUAUGAAUAAAGUCAUGAAAUUGAAAAGGUUUCGAAACUGUAAUACCUAUUUCGUGUGGAAGAUGCUUUAGAGAAAUUGUUUAAAAGUUAAUAAAAUGGAUUUAAUUAAGUUAAAUAAAUAGUG